AUGUACUCGACGCUGGACGAGGAGGAUUUCGAACCAAUUGGUGAAACUUCAACUCAAGAUGGAUCUCAGGGGCCGAGUCGGGCUCCCCAGGACGCGUGGUUAAACACCAACACCACCAGGGCGGGUACGCAUGCAGACCGUCAUGCCGGCGACAGCGAGGAUCCACAUCUCUUCUCGCCUACUGAUGGCUACUUCGGCACGGCGACCGGUUCUUCCCUCGGGACGGUGGUUCCGGCCUCAUCCCAGGUACCACAUGUGCCCAACGUUUUGGUCGAUGACCCGUCUUUACAACGGAGGAGCUCUGAGGGCAAGGACAGGGAGGCGGAACAGGAGAGACUAGACAAUGCCCAAGGUGGCUCGCACCCAGACGAUGGAUACAGGUCGGCCUAUCCGUCUUACACGGCGACAGCGUCCCGAAACGGUGGCCCGACCGGAUACACCACAACGCCUACCCGGCAGAGUACGGCCGCUAGCUCCUCGCAGUCCGGGGCCACGCACUACACACCGUCAUCGUCUACCUACGCCCCUCGCGUUGCAUCGCCAACGUCAUAUACAAUUUACUCGCCACGGGGUCCCGUGCGUCGCGACGAGCACUUCCCCUUUACACCGGCGGAGGCACCUCCCGCCUAUACACCAUCUCCUACCUCACCAUCCAAUACACAGGGUUUUGGUAAUUACCAGACUUUCUCACAAGCUCGAGCCGUGGAUGUCAACAUGGGACGCCCAGAAGAAACCCAAGGCUUUUUGGCCCAGCCCGAGAGUAUGCGGGACCACAACUCGGACGGCCUUGACGAAGAUAUUCCCACUUGGAGAGGCCGCAUGCGCAGAGCCAGGCGGCAUGUCAACUUGGGAUGCUGCAAAAUCGUGCUGAUCGCCGUGGUCCUACUUUUCCUGACAACGGGAUUCCUCACUGGCGUCAUCAGUAGUAGUACGAGGGGCAAUCAUAGACUGGCCGCCAGCCCCCUACCGUCGACAAACCCGGGAAACAAACCCAACAAACCCAACAUGAACUACCCCGAUCUAGAUGGCGAUGUCCGUUGGGACCCCGCCCACUUCUGCCAGGACGCCAAGAUCGACCGCCACAAGCAAACAUACGGCAUCGACUUCGGCACCAGCAAGGACCUCCGCAUAGUCGAAAAGUCCAACGGCGACGACCACCCCGGCUGGAACUGGGUCCACGUACAAGGCACGGUCGUCCUCCGCCGCGCCGGCCCAGACACCGAGAGCUCCGCCGUGACGGUCGAAACCACUCGUGCACCGACGACCGCCUCCGGGUCUACUGCUCCUGGGACGUCCGAGGCGGGCUCCCUCGACAGUGUAUCGUCCCGCGGCGCGUCGCAAUGGGCGCGGGAUGCGGCCCCGCGCGUGGCGGUCAACUUCAAGAUCACCGUCGGGGUGCCCGAGGGCAGCACCCUGCGCCACCUCACCGCCCUCACCAGCGUCGCCGGGACCAUCACCUCCGCCUCGACCGGCUCCACCUCCCACGACAACAACAACCUCCUCGACGAAACCGUCUCUCACCCCCCGCCCACCUACCUCUUCCACUCGCGCAUCAUCGACGUGCGCACCACCUCGGCCCCCAUCAACGGCGCCUGGCCGCUGUACGACUACCUGUCGCUGCAGUCCACGUCGGGCGACAUCCGCGUGGCGGUCAACCCGCACGCCGCCGACCCCGACACCCCCAAGCCCGCGACGCUGUACAUCAAGUCGCUGUCGGGGGACGUCGACUUCCGCGAGCCGAUCCACGCGGCCGAGGGCACGUUCCGCAUCGGGCAGGCGCUGAGCGCGGCGGCCGACCGGCGGCGCGCGCUGGCACAGGCCGAGGCCCAGCUGCCGCCGCGCGAGUACCGCGUGGAUGUGCACACGAGCAGUGGGGAUAUCGUGGGUGCGGCGGCGUUUGGUGCGGCGUCCGGGUUCCGGUCGACGUCCGGGACGAUUAGUCUGGAGGUGUUGCCGGUGUUGGAUGCGAGGCUGGCGGAGGUGGGGGGCAGGCAGGUGGAGCUGACGACGUCGAGCACCAGCGGGGCGACGGAUGUGAAGGUGUUGGAGCCGUUGUGGGUGGAUGACCUGGACUUGGCCAGCGCCCGGGUUCAUGGGAAGGGGGUGAGGCGGGGGUAUGCCGGGAUGGAGACGCAGGAUGUGGCUGCCACUGGCGGUGGGAAGGAGAAGCCGCUGCGGUGCUUGUCCGGCAAGCACACGAGCACGUCCGCCAACAUUAAGUUGAGAUAUCCGGCGAGCUGGGAAGGUGAUAUCGGUCUGGCAACGCUCACGGGGGCGCUCCAGGUAGGCGGGGAGGGGGUGAAGCUGAUCAAGACCGGGAGCGAUUGGCCCGGGGUGAACAAGAUGGUGCUGGCGAGGAAGGGUGAGAAAGGGGAAGGGGGGAAAGUGCAGGGGAAGACUACCAGUGGAGAUGUGGAUACUUGGGUUGGCGAGGAGUGA